UCAAAUCCAAAUUUUUACUGUUUAUGAAUUUCAUAAAAAUCAUGAUUACAUUACGAAAAAUAAAUAAAAGUUUCUACAUACCAAUCAGGUACGCUAAAUCAAAAUCUGAACCACAAACAAAAACUGAGCGCAGAGUUUUUAAGAUAUACAGGUAUGGGGGUAUACUGACUAAUGAGAAACCUAAAGUCGUGAGCUACGAGCUAGACGUGAGUACUUGCGGGAACAUGGUCUUGGAUGCACUAAUCAAGAUCAAAGACAUGGACCCAACGUUGACGUUUCGGCGGUCCUGCAGAGAGGGCAUAUGUGGCUCCUGCGCCAUCAACCUGCAGGGCAGCAACUGCCUCGCCUGCACCACCCUCAUACCGAAGGCCAAAACCAUCACCAUUCUGCCAAUCCCUCACAUGUACGUGAUCAAAGAUCUGGUAGUCGACAUGACGCACUUCUUCAACGCUUACAACAGCAUUCGGCCGUACUUGGUGCGAAACGAUCAGGGCGCGCUGGGCAAGUUUCAGUAUGCGCAGACGCCGGAGGAGAGCGCCAAGUUGGAUGGGCUCUACGAGUGUAUCCUCUGCGCCUGCUGCGCCACCUCCUGCCCAAGCUACUGGUGGAACGGCCGAAGGUUUUUGGGACCGGCGACGCUGCUGCACGCCUAUAGAUGGGUCAUUGACUCCCGGGAUGAGGAUACGCAGCGUAGACUCUACGAGCUGAGGGACGAUUUCAAGGCGUUUCGCUGCCACUCCAUCUUUAACUGCACGCUCGCCUGCCCUAAGGGCCUCCACCCAGGGCUAGCGAUCGCCAAGCUCAAGAGGCUCAUAGCAGGCCUCGACAAGAAACCGGAACCCAAAAUGGAUACGUCCAAGUUUGGUCCGCAGUCAUGUGAUCCGAAAAAGAAAUGCUCGUGCUGCAGCUCCCCCUAGUAUUUUGUGUUGUUAAACAGUGUUUUGUUAGCAUAACUUAUAAAUUGUAUUUUAAAAAAUAAAUAUUUUUAAAUCCAUUACA